UUGUGAUUCUUCUCCUGGAUGCAGCUAAGAAUGAGAACUGUGAUCAGCAAGUGGUAAUCCUAACAUGCAUUUAGGGCUUCCCUCUGCACACUCACUGCAAUGGGAAAGCUUGAUCACAAGGGCACCAACUUGCCAGCCCCCCAUGCCUACUGACUGUGAUGGAAGAACUUGAUAGUAAUGUGAGACCACAUGAGGGAUUCGGUGUAGGGGAGAAGAUAGUUCUCAUCACCUUCAUCUCAGCAGUAAUUCUGAUGACCACUCUGGGUAACCUUCUAGUGAUGGUGGCAGUAUGCCGGGAUAGGCAACUGAGGAAAAUUAAAACCAAUUACUUCAUUGUGUCGCUUGCAUUCGCUGACUUGCUGGUGUCAGUAUUAGUGAUGCCAUUUGGAGCCAUUGAGUUAAUCCAGGAUAAGUGGAUUUAUGGGGAGAUGUUCUGCUUGGUACGAACCUCACUCGAUGUUCUCCUAACCACAGCUUCUAUCCUCCACCUCUGCUGUAUUUCACUAGACAGAUACUAUGCUAUCUGCUGCCAGCCUUUGGUUUACAGGAACAAAAUGACCCCCCUGAGGAUAGCGUUGAUGCUUGGUGGCUGUUGGAUUAUACCAACAUUUAUAUCAUUCCUCCCAAUUAUGCAAGGAUGGAACAGCAUAGGCAUUCUGGACUUGAUAGAAAAGAGAAAAUUCAGCAAAGACUCAAAUUCAACAUAUUGUAUUUUUAUGGUGAACAAGCCCUAUGCUAUUACGUGUUCAGUGGUAGCUUUUUACAUUCCUCUAUUUUUAAUGGUGCUUGCUUACUACCGAAUUUACGUCACAGCACGAGAACAUGCCAGACAGAUUGGAGUAUUACAACGGGCAGGAGCCCCAGCAGACCAUCGACAUCAGCAUCCUGAUCAGCACACCACUCACAGGAUGAAGACAGAGACCAAAGCUGCUAAGACAUUGUGCAUUAUAAUGGGCUGUUUCUGCCUGUGCUGGGCUCCAUUUUUUAUCACCAAUGUCAUUGACCCUUUCAUAGACUACAGUGUGCCAGGGCAACUUUGGACAGCUUUUCUCUGGCUAGGCUAUAUUAAUUCAGGGUUCAACCCUUUCCUCUAUGCCUUUUUGAACAAGUCUUUCAGGCGUGCCUUCCUCAUCAUUUUGUGCUGUGGAGAUGAGAAGUACAGAAGGCCUUCCAUACUAGGACAAACAGUCCCCUGUUCAACCACAACAAUUAAUGGAUCCACUCAUGUUCUAAGAUAUACCGUUCUGUAUAAUGGACAUCACCAGGAGCAAGACAAACUUCCUAUCCAAAUUGAUCCAGAGUCACAAGAAUCUUGUUUUUAG